AUGAACACAACAUAUAUUAAUAAUACUUCAAAUUCUUAUGAUGAACAUUUUACAAAUACAAUGAAUAUUAUUCAAGGUUCAAUUUAUAUACCUAUUUUUUGUGCUGGAAUUGCUAAUAAUUUUCUAACUAUUUUAAUUAUUGCAACUAAUCGAGAUAUGAGAACAGUCACAAAUUGUUAUUUGCUCAAUUUAGCUAUUAGUGAUACUUUACCAUUAAUUGUUAGUUUACCAUUCGAAAUUUCAUUUUUACCAAUAAAAGCUCCUUGGGGAUAUUUUGGUUGUCAAAUUCGUGCUCUCCUUGCUGAAACUUCUACAAAUGCUUCGAUAUUAACCAUAAGUGCUUUUACAAUUGAACGUUAUUUAGCCGUAUGUCGUCCUCUUCGUAAUACUUAUAUAUCAACAGCACAACGUGCAAUUAAAAUUCAAAUACUCAUUUGGUUUAUUGCUAUACUUUCAUCGACACCAUAUUUUUAUAUUACAAAAAAUAUCGAUUAUCAAUGUCUUUUUGAUACAAAUUUUCAAUUAUUUGUUACAAUAUGUUUUUAUAUAUCCGCAACUUUCUUUUUUGUUUUACCAGCAUUUAUACUCUGUUUAUUAUAUGCUUUAAUGGCCCAUCGAUUAUAUAAUGUUGGUUUACCAUAUGAAAUGCAUGGAUCAAAUAAUGAACAUAAUUUUCCUAUGAAUUUACAACAUAUUGAACUUGUUCAUCAUCAUUGUGGACAACCAGUUCGAGUAGUCCGUCAUAUAUCAUCACCAACUUUAAUAUUAACACGGAAAUCAUUAUAUCGUGAUGAUAAUAAUUCUCCACUUGCCAUAUCUUCACAUAUACAAUCAAUGAAAAAAUCAGCUUUCAAAAUGCUUUUUGCUGUCGUUAUUGCCUUUAUUAUAUGUUAUGCUCCGUUUCAUGUGCAACGUCUAAUAACAAGUCGUUUAGAUGUUUCACAUUUAUCAUUAAUACAAAGACGUGCUAUAACAAUAUUUUAUUUUAUUAGUGGAAUUUUGUAUUAUAUUGGUUCAACAGUAAAUCCAAUAUUUUAUCAUUUAUUUUCUCGUAAAUAUCGUUUAGCAUGUCGACGUACAAUGAAAAGAAUUGUUUACUGUAAACGACAUCAUCAUCAUCCUAAUUCAAAUUUUCAUAAAAAUAAUAAAUCUUUACCGAUAAUACAUUAUCCAAAAUUACAUGGACAAUUAAAUCAACCUAUAUAUCGAUCACCACAUGCACGAAAUACUAGUGUUGAUAUAGGAAUUAAUAAGAAAUAUUUAAUACGAUUAUCUCUACCUCCAUGUAUUCUCGAACGAAUUUGA